AUGUCCGAGAAAGAAGAAGAAGGCGUAAAGCCGAGAAGAAGAAGACGCGCAACAAGUGACGAUAAAGAAGGCGCAGAAGACAAAGAAAUAAAGAAGGAGGAGACUUUGCCGUCGUCAGAAGAAGAAGAGGACCACAAAGAAGACAUGAAAGAGGAAACUUUUUUUACCGAAGAUAUUAAAGAGGAAGAGGAAGAGGAAGAGUCGUCUUGGGACGUGAUGGAAAAAUCGGAAGCGAGCGGCGAGGACGAGAACGAACGGACGAUGCGGGAGGAGAAGAGCGAGAGCGAAGAGGAGACUUUGAGGAGGAAGAAAGGAGGAUUACUGUCGCUCUCGCCGCCGGCGUCGCUGGAGAUUGGGGGUACCGUUGCGACGAGGACGGGAAAAAACGAAGGAGAAGAAAACGUCGUCUCGGAGAAAACAACGACGACGACGAAAGGAAGGAGAAGAACGGAGGAUCAGAGUGGUGGUUCGGAAAUAGAAGAGUUUUCGGACUUGGGCGAAGAUUCGAAGCAUUCUUCUUCUGACGAGAGAGACGAAAGGGAAGAAAAGAAGAAAGAGAGGAAGAAAUCAUUCCUGGAAGCGUUGAGAACAGAAGUGCGCGCGUUCUUGCGCAACGCACGAAAAGCGGCGGUAGACCUUCGCCGCGCGGCCGGCGCCGCGCGGCGAAGGUUCACGCGAGACGCGAGAAGACGCUUUCGAGACUUAUGGAGGAGGGCGAAAGCGUUUAAAAAUGGUUUAUCCGAGGAAGAUAAGAACCUUUUGAAAGCAGCUGGAGUUCUCGUCGGAGCGAUUGUUGCCGUGAACGUUACGAACGCCAUCGUCGGUGGUCGAUCGAGCGCGCCUUUCGCGUGA